AUGCACGAUUAUUCAAGAAUAAAUCAUAUUAAAUUAGAACAAGAAUUAACAGUUGAUGAAUAUUAUUCAUUAAAUUCAGGUUUAAGAAUAAUAUUGAGUAAAAUAAAAAGCCCCAAGAUAUAUGGUUAUUUUACCUUGUUAACGGAAGCAGAAAACAAUGAGGGAUUACCUCAUACUUUGGAGCAUCUAAUAUUUUUAGGCAGUCAUAAAUAUCCAUAUAAAGGGUUAUUAGACUUUUUGGCAUAUAAAUGUCUUUCAGAAGGAACAAAUGCUUGGACUUCUAUUGAUCAUACUUCUUAUACUAUUGAAACAUUUGGAAUAGAAGGUUUUUGUAAUAUCUUACCUAUUUAUCUAGAUUUUAUUUUAAAUCCUACUUUAGAAGAUGAUGUAUUUUUAUCUGAAGUUCAUCAUAUUUUUGAAAAUGGUGCUCAUAAUGGAGUUGUAUAUUCUGAAAUGAAAUCUAUUGAAAAUAAUUGUGAAAAUAUUGUAGAAAGAACUAUGAUUACCAACUUAUAUCCUAAUGAUAAAAGUGGAUAUAGAUAUGAAACAGGAGGAACUUUAGACGGAUUAAGAAAAACUAACAAUAAUAGAGUAAGGGAAUAUUUUAAAAAAUUUUAUAAGUUAAAUAAUUUUGCAAUAAUCAUAUUUGGAGAUUUUGAAAAUGAUACCAUUUUAAAUAUAAUACAUGAUUUUGAAAAAUAUCAUUUAGAUUUAAAUCCAAGCCAAAGAAAAGAAGAAAAAGAAAAUGUUAAAAAUAAUUAUGACUUAUGUAAAGAAGUUUUUUUGCAGGAUAUUCAAAGUUUGAAUAGACCUUGGAGUAAAAAGGAAAAUGUUGAAAAAUCAAAUGACACUAAAAUUAUAAAAAAAUAUUAUCCAUGUAAUAAUUUAAAUAAUGGACAAGUUAGUAUAGGAUGGAGAGGAUGUGAAUGGGAUCAAUUUAAGACAAAACUAUCUCUGGGAUUAUUAGGAAAUUAUUUGACUCAUUUAACUACCUCACCUCUUAGCAAAAGAUUACUAGAAGAUAAAGAUACUUACUGUAGUAGUUUAGAUUUUUCUCUUGAAGAUUUAAAAGAAAAUUACUUUACAAUAGAUAUUUAUGAUGUUUCUUAUAAAUAUAAAUUCCAUAAAAACAAAGUAAAAGAGCAUGAUGAAACAAAUAAUUUAGAAAAUCAAAAUAAUAUGCAAGUAAUAAAUAAUAUUCAAGAUGAUAAUAAUAAUAAUAACCUUAAAAAAGAAAUAAAUAUAAAUACUUUGAAUGCUAAUAAUGAUAAGGAUGAAAAUAUAAAUAAUAGUUUAAUUGUAAAAGAUAUCAAAAAAUAUGAACAAACGAAUUUUUCCAGUAAUAAUAAUGAAGUAAAAAUAAAUUUAGUUGGAGAUAUAACAAGAAAUUGCUUAAAAGAAGUUUAUGAUAAACCAUUGAAUAUGGAAAGACUAAAAAAUAUAAUAAUUCGAUCAUAUUUGCAACAUUUGAGAGAUUUAGAAACAUCUCCGCAGUACUUAUUAAAUGAAUUUAUUAUAAAAUAUUUUAUUUAUGGUAGAAAUAUAGAAGACUUAGAAAAGUGCUUAAAUUUGAAAAAAAUAUAUAUUGAUUUGUUAAAUGAAAAUGAAAAUUAUUGGAAGGAAUUAUUAAGAACCUAUUUUAUUGACAAUAAUUAUACUGAAGUGAGAUGUUAUCCUAGUCGUAAAAAAGCUAAGGAAAUAGAAUUAUCUGAAAAAAAAUUAAUCGAAAAUGAACAAAAGAAAUAUGGAGUUGAAAAAUUAAAUAAAAUGGUAAAGAAUAUUAAAAAAAUUAAAGAAAAUAUAGAAAAAAAACCACCUAAAAGUUCAUUGGAUAUUGUUCCAUCUGCAAAAGCAAAAAAUGUUAAAAUAGAAGGUAUUACUAUUUUCAGAAAUUUCAAGAGUUUAGAAAAUGAAACAUUUAUAAAUAAUAAUAAUUCAUCAGAAGCAUAUAAAAAUGCACUAAAUGAAAAUAUGCCACUUUUGAAUAUUAUACAGAAUGAUUUAAAACGCAUAAUUUUCCCUAUUCAGUUAAGUAAUAUUAAGUCUAAUUUUGUUUCAAUAAAUGUAUUAAUUAAUUCAAACAAUGUUGACGCUGACUUAAAAAAAUAUAUUCCUUUAUUAAGUUAUUUAUUAUUUGAAACAGAUGUAGAAAUUAAUAACAAAAACGUAAAAUGUGAAUUAUUUAUGGAAGAAAUGAUCAGAAAUACUAUUAAUUAUGAUUGUAAUUAUGGAUUAGGGGAAAGUGCGAAAAGCUUUAAAGCAGGUAAUUUGAGUAAUAUACUAUGCAUACAUAUUAUUGGGUUAUUAGAAAAUUAUGUAAAAUUAUUUGAUCUUUUAUUUUUAUCCAUAUUUAAAAUGAAUUUAAAUAUUGAAAGAUUAGAAAUCAUUUUAAAAUCUGCCUAUCAAAAUUUGCUACAAAAAAAGACGAAACCGAAAACAUUAGUUUUAAACUUAGAAUAUGCUUUAAGAUAUAUGAAAAAUAGUAAUUCAGGAUUGGUUUCUAUAGGGCAACAAGAAUUAGUUUUAGGAAUUAUUGAAAAUAAAAGUAAUUUAGAUGAACUACUUAAUAAGUUAAAUGCAUUGAAAAAUAUGCUUUUCGAUUUAAAAAAUAUUUCCAUAAUUAUUGAUGGUGAUUUUCACAAAAUAAAAAAUAUUUUUUCUUGGUAUGAUAAGUGGUUUAAUAUAGAUGAGAAUUCUAAUUACACUGUUAAUACUCCAGUAGUUAAUUUUUGCUUUCAAAAUAAUAUUAACGAAAUGAAUUAUCAAAAUUCGAAAUAUUUAGAUAAUGAAAUUAGCUAUAAUAAUAAUAAUAUAAAAUCAUAUGAUCAAAAUUCAAAUAUAAGUUAUAAUUCCAAUAUGAAUACUUUGAACGUAGUCGAAAACAUGGAAAAAAAAGAUAAUAAUAAAUAUAUUUCAUUAGGACCAAAUGUUCAUAAAAGCUUAAAAGAAUAUUUAGAUGUACAAUUUGAAAGUGAAGAUAAAAACUUUAAAUCAAAUAUAAUAAAAGAUAAUGCUUAUAAUGGAAUUGUAUGUGGCAUUAAAAGUACUGAUGUUUCAUAUUUAAAAUUAACAGUAAAAGUUCCAUCAGGAUAUGAUCACGAGCAUUAUUGUGAAUUGCUAAUAUUAAGAGAGUUUUUUUCAAUGGCUGAGGGUCCAUUAUAUAGUAGUAUUAGAGGAGGAGGUUAUUCUUAUGAAUGUUCUUUAGAUUAUAAUUGCAUUUUAGGUGAAUUGAGUUUACGUAUAUAUAGAUCUAGUGAUGUUAUUAGUGCACUAAAGGAAGCCUUAAAAAUAUUUGAUUAUUAUUGUAAUAAUGAAAUGAAGGAAGAUGAACUUUCUAUUGCUAAAAGUAGUGCCUAUUAUAGUAUUUUCAAUAAUCAAGAAACUAUAAGUGAUAGAGCAUCUCAAACAAUAUUUUUGAGUUUAAAAAAUUUGAACUUAAACUUUUAUGAAACAUUAUUAUCUAAACUGGAAAACGUUACUGCAAAAAAUAUAUUAAAUGUUUGUAGAAAAUAUUUAUCGAGGAUUGUUAAUUUCCGAAUUGAUAAAAAUAAUGCCUUAAUAGGUUCUACUUUAUCUAUUAUUUGCUGUUCAGAAAAAACCGAAGCAAUUGCUAGUUCUUUAAGAAAAGAUAUUAAGUUUGGAGACAUAUGUGUUUUAAAUAUUACUCAGUUAUUUCACUUUUUUAAAACUUUUGAUAUAGAAUCUUCAUUAAAAGCAUCAUCAGCCAAUAUCUCAAAUAUUGAACCUGAAAAUGCAGAAAGUAUAAAUGGGAAAGAUAAUUUAGAUAAUUCAGAAGACAAUAAUGAUGAUGAUGAUGAUGAUGAUGAUGAUGAUAACGAUGAUGAUAACGAUGAUGAUGAUGAUACCGAUGAUUUAUUAAGUAGCUCUAAUUGUUCUGUAUUAUCAGAUGAUGAUAGUUAUCCUGGUUACUCAGAAAAUUAA